AUGUCUGUUUUAAGUACUUUGAAACAAUGGGCAUCGGGAAAUGUUGGUGUUAUUGUCAGCAAUACAGUUUAUGUUAUUAUGCUUGUUACACUUGCGAGAUAUAUUGCGCGUCGGAUUGCAUUUCACAAUGGGUACAUUACAAAAAAAAUUAAAGUGGCUGAUCGUUACAUUGAUGUAAACGCAGAAGAAGAAGCAAUAGCUGAAGAUAUUGUAGAUCCAUCCCUUAUAGAUGUUGAUUUUGAUAGUGUUGGCGGAUUAGAAGAUGUAAAGAAAAUCUUAAUUGAACAUCUUAAAUGGCCUAUUACUAGACCAGAAUUGUUUGCUGGAAAAACACUACGAUCACAUCCAAAAGGUGUAUUACUUUAUGGACCUCCUGGAACAGGAAAAACACUUUUGGCUCGUGCCUUGGCAAAAGAACUUGGUUGUAUUUUUAUUAAUGUACGAACAGAAUCUAUCUUUUCCAAAUGGGUAGGAGCUACAGAAAAAAAUGCUGCCGCUAUUUUUACACUUGCAGCUAAACUUUCACCAUGUGUUAUUUUUAUUGAUGAGAUAGAUUCUCUUUUGGGAUUUCGAAAUAAUAUGGAUGCUGCACCACAUAAUCAUGCAAAAACAAUUUUUAUGACCCGUUGGGAUGGUAUUGCUCAGGAUUCUUCAAAGGUUCUAGUAAUAGGAGCAACAAAUCGACUUGCAAGUAUUGAUGAUGCUAUUCGAAGACGUUUACCUCUUCAAAUUGAAGUACCUGUUCCAAAUGAAAUAGCCCGAAAAAAAAUUUUAUCUAUUCUUUUGGAUCAUGAUAUAAAAGAUAGUUCAGAAAGAGAAAAAAUUGUUCAGUUUGUUGUUUCUAAAACUCAUGGAUAUACUGGAUCUGAUUUAACUGAAUUGUGUAAAGCAGCAGCAUUAAUACCUAUAAGAGAAAUGGGGGAAAGUGGAGUUAUACCCCCUAUUGAAAAACGUCAUUUUCUUGAAGCAUUAGAACGUGUUCGCCCAUCUCUUUCAUACUGA